AUGGCUCUGCCUCACAAUGUCCGAAGGGGCUUGACAACUUUCAGUGGAUCGCUGUUCAUCAACAAUAAAACUAGGGAUUGCGGAGCUGCCCAGAUCUACCAUCCAGGGCAUGAGGUGCUGUCCAGCCUGCCUCUCCAGAUGAUGCUAUUCUUCAAUGUCUUCUACUUCCCAUUCUGGUGCCUGUGCGAGGGGAUAAUGCUGGCAUUAAAGUACGGCCUGCUGCCCUGUUACUACCAGUUCCUCCUUGUUGCUGCCUUCCUGAUUCUCGCAUUAGCUGAAGGGUUACGCUUGUAUCUUGGAUACAUUGGAAAUCUGCAAGGAAAGGUACCUGAACUGGCUGGAUUCCUGCUCCUAUCCUUCCUGAUCCAGCUCCCGCUCCUGCUUUUCCUUCUCAUGGAUGAGCACAUCAUUCGGCUGCCCCUGGAGACAGCUGUGCAUAGCAUUUACCUGGUGUUUCUUGCCUCUGAGAUCACAGCUGCCUUCUUUGCACUUAAAGUGAUGACAAGGCAGCUUGCUACACAGUUCUACCUGAAACAAUUUGAGGAUGCAGGCAGACCGCGGCAAUCCGGGCAUAGCAGGGAGGAAGAGUGGGAUACUGACCUUGAAAUAGAAGAUCUAAAGCCACCUCAUUCAUUGUGUGAGUUAUAUGAAACCAAGGAACCUUUUGACCCAACUGGAAAGACCAGAUAUAUAGCAGCCUGCCAACUAUAUGGAGUGGUACCCAUAUCCUAUUUCCUGCGUCACAUGAAGGACACUGAACUGAUUAUGAAGCACCAUGGACUUGGCCCACAGGGUGCCAAAGCUUUAUCUCUUUCCUUGAUGACCAACACCUCCAUCGUAAAGUUAAACCUGAGUGAUAAUUGGCUGAAUGGAGACGGGGCAGCUGCAGUUGCAGAGAUGUUAAAGGAAAACUGUUACAUUUCAGAUGUUGAUUUAUCUGACAACAGACUUGGAGUUAAAGGAGCCGAGGCCCUUUCUGGUAUGCUUCUGGAGAAUACGACAGUUGUUACCCUUAAACUUUCAGGAAAUGAGUUCAAUGACCAUGCAGCUAAGUACCUAGCCGAUGCCCUCCCGGCUAACAAUAAACUGGAAUCUCUGGCUCUGAGUCACAACAUGCUUGCUGACACAUCAGGUGAGCUGCUUGGAAUGGCCAUAGCAGAAAACACUGGGCUAAAGGAGCUUAAUAUCAGCUGGAACUACUUCCGUAGCCAAGGAGCAGCUGCCUUAGCCAGAGGCGUUGAGGCAAAUGUAUUCCUCAGAGUUCUGGACCUUUCCUACAAUGGCUUCAGUAACAACGGCGCAGCUGCCCUGGGGGAGGCCCUUAAAGUCAACAAUGUGCUGGAAGAGCUCAACAUUAGCAAUAACCGCAUUUCACUGGAAGGAGCUCUGCGCUUUGCAGUAGGCCUGAAAGAAAACCGGACUCUGAAGAGCCUUAAUAUGGCCAGAAAUCCCAUGCAGAGUGAAGGCUGCUUUGGGAUUCUCAAAUCUAUACAAGGAAAUUCCGGGGCCGUGGUAGAAAUCCUGGACUUCUCAGAGAUCCCUGUGAACAAAGACUUUGCAGACCUGUGUGAUGCUGUGAAAAUGCUUUUCCCGAAUCUUCAGAUCAGACAUGGUGGAAAUGCAACACUGCACAAAAAAGACCAACCAAAGCAAGGUCUGGGCAAGGGCUCCCUCUCUGAUGCCUUCCUCCUGCCGUGGUCAGGGAGUCUGAUGUACGCGUUCCCUCCAAUUCCACUCAUCGGCGAGGUCCUGGCAAAGGUCAAGAGAGACAAGGUGCAGGUUAUCAUGAUCGCCCUGGCAUAG